AUGAACCACAAGAUCAAUCGCUCCUUCGCCUUCGAAGAUCGCGUCUUCGCGAAGUACCAGCGCGCGCACGAGGGAGUCGAGCAGGUUGGACUGUUGGUGGAUCCAUCGUUGCCGUGGCUGGGAGCAUCUCCCGAUGGUUUGGUGAUGUCUGGCUCGAAUCCUCAGCUGAUUGAGAUCAAAAGCUGCCGCACCUUCUUGGGGAGGCGAUCUCCGGCCUGGCAUCAGGUACAAGGUGCCAUGGCCAUUGCAACAGGUGCCUUCCAAACGCCGGUGACCAGAUGCAAGCUCAUUGACCCAGCAGAAACCUACACCAUUUACUUCGAUGAGGCUUGGUGGACCAAGUUUCUCGAACGCCUGAAGAAGUUCUAUUUCGGCGUCUUUCUGCCGAUGGCUGCGCGACGGAUACUUCAAAAAGUAAAAAGCUGA